AUGUCAGAUAAAAUUAUUUCUUUAAGUAUCCCACUAAUCGAUCAAAAUGUUUCAGCAGAUGCAAAUGUUUCACACAUAGACUCGUCAUCUCCGCCACAAUAUUCAGAGUUCGAAACCUAUCAAAAUAUCGAUAAUCAUCAGUCAACACAUAAAAUAAUGAAGAUUUUGCACAAUAUUAUCACUGUAUUACGAAGAACGAGACUUCAUUUAAUAGUAUGUGUGAAAAAAUUUAGAAAAAAUAGAAACUUCAAAUUAAUUACUCUUAUAACUUUAAUUUUCAGUUUAUUAAUAUUCAUGUAUUCUGUUAACUAUAAAUCUAUCAAUUUUUCAAAGACAUAUUAUUACACAUACUUGCCACUCUGGAAAGAGACUAACGAAGUACAAUUUAAAAAGGAUUUGGUAAAUUUAGAUUUAAUAAAUUAUUUGAAUUAUAGAUCGACUGACAAAAUGCCAAUUACCCCAGAAAUUCAAAACCAGAAAUAUAAAAGAUUUAAAAUUAAGGGUUUUGUAACAAAUUUAAAUUUGAACUCUAUCACCUCGAAAAAAAAGAAAAAGACGUCAAAGGAUUUGAUAGAUGAAAAUGGGAAAUUAAUACCUGUCAAUGAAUAUGAAUUAUCACAAAAUAAUGAUUAUAGCUCAAAUGUUGACUGUGAAGAUUUAGAACAUUCGUCAGAAAUUCAAUAUUCAAAGGAAAGGAAGAUUUUGGAAGAUGAUUUAAUUUCAGUUAGAAAGGAAACCCUAUUGAAAGAUGAUGAAUGGGCUAAAAAAGUAGGAGAGGAAGAAGAAAAGGAUAUGACUAAUGAAGAAAUAAUAAAAAAAAGCUGGACAAGAUUUGGUGGAUCAAGCAUUUGGUUAGAAGAGCACCAUUGCUAUAUCACUGUAACUCGUAUAAUGUAUGCUGGUAACGGUGAUAGGUUAAGGCCUGAUGUUUCAAUAAUUAGGGCUCAAGCAUUUGACAAAGAUUGGAAUGAAUUAAUUGGAAAACGUAUUCCAAAAUUAGAUAUAAGCCUACCGGAUAAUAUUGAGGAAGAAAUACAAAAAAUAGACAAAGAAUUUGGAGUGUCCGCCACCUGUGAAUAUUUAGUUGAUACUCCAAGUUCUUAUGAGAGCUGUUUAGCCAGACAGGCUAAUGAUUUCUUAGAUGAAACUAGGAGACGAGAUUCUCUGUUAGAGAAUUAUUUCGUUACUUAUCCUACUAUAUAUAGAUUUCCCUUCAAUUCUGGAGGACAAUUUACUGGUGCAGAGGAUCCAAGAAUUAUAUUAAGGAAAACUGGUCAAACACAAGAACCAGUCGUUGUAUUUAAUAUGCAAGACUCUUGGGGUAGGCAAAUGUAUGCAUUUUUACCACAUAGAACCACUGACCGAUUAGUUCAAUUUGUACUUCCAGGUAGUAAUCGUGUUGAAAAAAAUUGGUCUCCAUUUUUUUCCAAAGAGGAUGUUAUAUCAGAUUUAUCUCGGGGGACUAUUCAUUUUGUAUAUGGAUAUAGUCCACUUGAAAUAUUAAAAUGUUCAUUGAAUGACGGUUUAUGUGAAAGAGUAUUUGAAAAACGUACCUUAGGUUUAAGUGAGGCAAAUAAUUAUAAUGGCAUUCGUGGUGGCACUCAACUUGUUCCACUACCUAGUGUUAUUGCUCGAAUAUCAGGUAAGCAAAUGUGGCUAAGUUUUGCAAAAUUGCAUCUUGACAACUGUGGAUGUGGCAGGAGGUUCUAUAGGCCGAUGUUAAAUCUAUUAAUUGAACAUAAUGGUAUAUAUCAUCAAGAAUUGGUUGUGCCAUCUAUGGAUUUUGAUACAGAUGUACUGGGAUGGAAACAUGAAGGUUAUACAUGUGAAGAUGUAAAUGUAAUGUCACCUAAUUCAAUUGCAUUUUGGGAUGUAAUUGGACAAGAUCCAAAAACAAAGAAAUUUGAGGAUUAUAUAAUAUUUACUUAUAGCGAGGCAGAUGCUAUAUCUAAAGUAAUGACUAUCAGAGGUAUAUUAGAUUACAUCGUGAAGAUGUACAGCGAUAAGGAUAUUGCUGAAGAUUUUAUUCCAAGUGAUGAUAGUGACCAUAUUUUGUCUAAGACAUUAAAAUGUAUGUCAAAAUACGCUGACCUUAAAUGUAAACAAUAUGGUGCUAGUCAUAAGAGUUAA